AGAAAGGAUAAACACAGAAGGCUCAAAUGAAGGUGUGAUGCUAGUCCAGAAGAAAGAAGGAGGGGAGAAUCAUCUCAAAGUUGAGCCAUGGCAGCUGAUCUGGAUGUGGUGAACCUGUGUAUUAUUGCUGGAGGAACACUGGCUAUUCCCAUCCUGGCCUUUCUGGCUUCCUUUCUUCUCUGGCCCUCUGCAUUAAUUAAAGUGUAUUACUGGUACUGGAGGAGGACUCUGGGCCUGCAGGUGGGCUAUGCGGAUUGUGGUGGUUAUCGCUUUUGUUACUCCUACAGAGGAAAGCCUGGAAUGAGACCUUCGAUCUUAAUGCUGCAUGGCUUCUCUGCUCACAAAGACACAUGGCUCACUGUUGUCAAGUAUCUGCCAAAACAUCUGCACAUAAUGUGUGUGGACAUGCCUGGACAUGAGGGGACAACACGCACCAACACAGAUGAUUAUUCCAUUCAGGGGCAGGUCAAAAGGAUCCAUCAGUUUGUGGAAACCAUCCGCUUAAACAGGAAACAGUUCCAUCUGGUCGGAACCGGCAUGGGGGGAAAUGUGGCCGGGGUUUACGCAGCCUGCUAUCCCUCAGAAAUCUGUAGCAUGACUCUCAUCUGUCCAGACGGAAUAAGACAUCCUUGUGAGACCAAGUUUGACAAUCAUGUGCAGGACCUGGAGCACAGCAAUUACACCCUGAACAUCCCGCUGAUCCCCACUACACCUGAGGAGAUGGAGGAUAUGUUCAAACUGUGUUCCCAUGUUCGCUUUAAAAUUCCUCAGCAGAUCCUUCAAGGCCUGGUAGAUGUCCGAGAGCCUCACAACACAUUUUACCAAGAAGUUUUUAUGGAGAUUGUAGGUGAGAAAUCAAGAUACGCCUUACAGGACCACUUGCAUCUAAUAACCACACCUUUACAAGUGAUAUGGGGCAAACAAGACCAGGUGGUGGAUGUCUCUGGAGCGGCAGUGAUUGCAGAGACCUUGCCUGGAUGCAGAGUGGACCUGCUGGAGAACUGCGGACACUCUGUGGUGAUGGAGAGGCCUUCUCGGACAGCCAAACUCAUUCUGGAGUUCAUCAUCUUGCAGCAAAAUGCCAGAAGUGGCACAAAGAAAGCCACCUGACCUAAAGACUUUUCAUCGUUUCUUGUUAUGCUAAUGCUCCAAGUGCUCCUGCUUUUGUAGAGAACAUGCAGACACUUCAAAAAAAAAUGUACAAUUAAGAUAGUAAGCAAUUAUUGAAGGCUUCCUGCAUUUCUUCAGUGUGAUUGAAUCGCAUUUCUGUUGUAACACAAGCUGCAUGACGAUAAUAAAACGACCAUGCGUUUA